AUGACGAAAUGCAAUUCAAGCGAGGUGCAGUUUGUAUCUGCUUCUUUUUCCUUCCUUCUUUCUUUCUUUCUUUCUUUUUUCUUCCGUUCUUUCUUUCUUUCUCAUAUUUCACCUUCAUUCCUUUUCCAAUUUCUACACACUUAUUUCGCUUUCUCAGUUACGUUUUUCCAUUCAUUCUUACUUUCUUUCUUUCGAUUUCGUUUUCUUUUUUACUCUUUCUUUUUAGUCUACUACCCUCCUUUUUACAACCUUUUUCAUUUAUGUUUCCCAUUCAAUCUCUCUUUCUUUUUCGUGUUUCUUUUUUUUAUUCUUUCUUUUUCACGUACAGCCCUCAUUUGCUCAUCCUUUCCCAAUAUACAUUUCUCAUUCUUUCUUUCGCUUUCUAUCUUUCUUUUUCAUAUUUCUUCUUUAUUCAUUUUUCAAAAUUUCUGCCCCUUUUUUCGUUAUUUCUCAUUUAAGUUUCCCUUUCUUUCUUUCUUUCUUUCUUUCUUUCUUUCUUUCUUUCUUUCUUUCUUUCUUUUUCGUUAUACUUUCUUCCUUUUUCCUUUUCUUUCUCUCUCUCUCUCUCUCUGUUCUUUUAUUCUCUUUUAUUUUCCUUCUUUCUUUUUCUUAUUUUUAUCCCUUUUUUUCUUUUUUUACUAUUUAUUGGCUUUCAUUUUCGUUCAUUCAAUCAAGUUUCCCCCUUCCUUUAAUUUCAGCGUUCUUCUCUUUUCACUUAUUCUUUCAGUUUUUCAGUUAUUUUUCUUCCUUUACUUUCAAUGUUUCUUCAUUCGUUCCUUUGUUUUUCUCUUUUCCAGUUUGUAUCUUUUUCUGAAUGUUGCUUCAUCAUUAACUCUUUCUUUUUUUUCUUUCUUUCUUUCUUUCUUUCUUUCUUUUUUUCUUUCUUUCUUUCUUUUGUCUCUCUCCCCUGCCUUGAUUCAUUCGCUUUUAUUUCUUUCUCUCUUUCUCCCUCUCGUUCUUUCUCUUUCUCUGUCUUUCUUACUUUCAUUCUUUCUCUUUAAUUUUCUUCUUUCUUUCUUUCUUUCUUUCUUUUUUCUUUCUUUCUUUCUUUCUUUAUUUCUUUCUUUCUUUCUUGUAUGUUUGCUUCUUUUUUCUAUUUCUCCCUUCAUCCUUCACUCUUUCUUUCAGUCUUUCUUUUAUUACACGCUUUUAACCACCUUUUCCUUUCGAUUCUUCCCCAUUUUCUUUCUUUCUUUCUUUCUUUCUCUCUCUCUCUCUCUCUCUCACUGGCUGUCUGUCUCCCUCUGUCAAUCGUUGGUAUUAUUAGAGACAUUCAAAAAUAUCCCGCGAAAAUUGGUUUCCAACUUAGUAAUCAGUCUUUCCUCUUUAGAAAAAAAGAAAAAAAAAACGCGGUGGCUCUGA